AUGUCUGGGCGGAAUCCCACUCCGGAAGGCUCCGCUGAAGAGCGUGUGUGGUCGGAGAACUCCCCCGUGCAGGCGGCGGGGAAUCAAGCGGCGUGUGUGGACCCGGUGGCCCCCCCGGCGGCGGAGGAGGAACUCGCCGCGGAGGCGAUCAUCCGCGUGGACGGGCCGUGCGAGAACCUCCCGCAGCUGCGGCCGCACGAACUGAAGAUCAUUGGCCGCUGCGUGACGUUUCAGGGGGAGACCAUUGUGGAUGGAGAACGGGUGCUGCUGUACUACGAGGGAUUGGUGGGAAUGAUAACGAAGGAUACCGUGAUGUUAUUGCAUGUGAAUCGUUUUACAAACGAGGAUUUUCAAAAGUAUCAGGAAAAAUUGCUUAAAGCAGCACAGGAACAAACACGGCGUAGAAGAAAUCAAGAAGAAAACGCCGAUUAUAAUCAAGGAAAUGGAGGUCAAAAUACACAAGAAUCUCAAGGUGGUGAAGAUGCUUUGGAAGCUGGUGAAAAUACUAGUGGUAGCUCUAACGAUAACGAAAUGAGCGGUAUUAGCUGUUUUCUUCCAGGGGGACAAGAAUCACGAGAAGUAAGGGAAGAAACUUCAGCUGUUGAUGUUUAUUCGCAACGCCAUGGUCGUCAAUUAGGAUCUGGAACUCUUGGUCCUGUACCAUUUAUGACUUUCUCACGUCGUCGUAUUCAUGGUGUGGUGUUUGGACGGGAUCCACACAGCAGUUUUUAUUCCCUUUUUCGUGAUCCUUCAAAGCGACAUUUUGAUAUGCAGUGUCUACGCAUGUUCGUUAGACGUUACUUGGUACAUAGUUCUCAGGGAAACAAUCCACGCAGUAUAAAUCUUCGUCCUUUUGUUGCUUGGAGGUGUAACUGUAAAGAUAUCGAUAAUGAACUCCUUCUUGAUGUUGCUAAGGAAGAAUUGGCCCACCUUGUAAAAACCGAACGAGAAAUAGUAAAGUAUGCUGAAAGAGCGGCAAAUAACAGACGAAGUAUUCUACAAUUUUAUCAGCCCCCACCAGGAUUAUUUAGUGGUACAGGCAUUCUAUUUCUUACACGAAUACCCGUUCAAACCUUUUGUCUCGCUAUAAUAGAAUUGCUUGUAACACUUAUGUUACUUGGAUUUUCAGCUUAUUCUUUUGUGGCGGCACCUAAUGGUAUUGUAGAUGGUUACAUUAGAGAUUACACAUUUCCUGUAACAUUUGCUGGUAUAGCUAGCCUUUUUGCGAGUGGAUUGACAGCAUUUCAUUCCCUCAAAAUGCGUCUACCGCUAACCGUUACUUUAUACGGUACUUUGCGAAUUGUGACAGCGACAAUUGGUAUUGGGCUCAAUAUGAUGGUGUUGAUUUUAGUUGGAGGGGCAGUCUCCUUUACACAUAUACGUAGUUACCUGAACAGAAUAGCAGUUAUAUCAAGUGAAUUAUGCGUUUACUACGCACAGCAUAACUGCUCUGGUUUUGGUGAAGUGUGUGACCCAGCGAAUACGGCUCCUUUGUGUAUGUGGGAUACUUGCCCUAUAUUGCGGGAAAACACCUGUACUCAACCGUUAUCCGCUAGUUUUACACGUGUUUUCAUUCCUAUUGUAGUGCUUUCUAUGGUUUUAGUCGUAUUGUUUUUGAUUGAUCACUUUAUGCAUUUUCGGUUGGUGCAAAUUUCAAGACAGUUGUUGGCGCAGUUGUAG